AUGCGGCCUCCACUUGUCCUCAUCUUCCUCUCGUCCAGCCUGGUUACGUGUUUUGAGUGUCCAGCAGAUUGUACUUGUCCCAGUCCCGGCUCAAUAUUUUGCAUCAAUCGGCGAUCCAACACUGUGCCCCGGGUUCCUGCCAGCACAUUACAACUUUUCAUCUUUCAAAAUGGUAUCAACGCUUUGACCCAAAAUGAUUUCACAGGACUAGGGGACUUGGAUUUGCUAGAUCUGAGCCAGAAUGAGUUGGGAGAAGUUCCGGAUGGUGCAUUCAAGAUGCUGUCGAAGCUGAAGAAUUUGGACUUGUCAUCUAACGUCAUCACUCACAUUUCAAAAGACAGUUUUUCCGGCUUGGUACAGCUGGAGAGACUGUAUCUCCACCAAAAUCACAUCCAGAGCAUUCAACAGGACGCUUUUGAAGGUUUAGAAAAGCUACUUGAACUCAAGCUCCACGGGAACAAACUCACCUCCUUGCCAUCCCUCAAUCUACCCCGCCUAUUGCUUCUAGACCUGAGUUCUAACAACAUUCCGAACUUAGAUGUCUCAGACCUUCAGACGCCACACUUAGAAAACCUUAGAAUGGCUUCUCUUGGGCUUAUUUCUCUGGAUGAAGAUCUUCUAGGCUCCCUGGAGAACCUCCACGAACUAGACAUCUCCAUGAAUCAAUUAUCUGAGGUUCCCCAGGCUUUAAAGAAGGACUCCCUCAAGGGUUUGAUCAAGCUCAACCUCGCUUCGAACCCACUGGGUGAGCUCAGAACAGAAGACUUUCAGAAACUCACCGGACUCCAAGAAUUAGAUCUGAGUGGUCUCAAUCUUCAGGGAUUCCCCCAAGACUUUUUCCAGUCUUUCCCGAGAUUGGUACAUCUGGAAGCAGCUGAGAACCCAUUCAAUUGUUGGUGUCCCAUGGCUUGGUUUUCAGUAUGGCUUAGAGAGAAGAAAAUAGAUCUGGGAAGACAAGGGGAUACUAGGUGCCACUUUCCUCUGGCUAAUGCUGGGAAGAUGCUUUCUGUCCUGGAACAUACAGAUUUUGGAUGUCCACCAACCACCACUUUGCUGAUGAAAUCCCCUGUUGGGAGUACUCCACUUCCACAAGGCCCUACUACAACAGAAACAAGCCAUACCAAUGCAAUCCCUUCUCUUCCUCCUCCCCCACCACCGAGUGAACAAACCCCAGACUUGAAAACAUUCCCGCUUCCAUCAGAACCACACGCCUCCCCUACCUCCACCAGUGGGGAAUAUGUCCAACAUAUUUGUCCUGCAAACAUCUGUCUUAACGGUGGCACUUGUAACUUUGAUCCAAUGGGACAACUAGGUUGCCUUUGUCCUUUGGGGACAUCCGGAAUCUUCUGUGAAAAUCUCAACGACGUACCCGACCCGCCAAAACCUUCUGGAACAGAAGCGUCUGUAGAGGCGUCCACCAUUCUUGCUGAACUUGACGCUAUCAGCUCCCGCCAGGUGACCUCCACGUCCAUUCUUCUUGACCUGCACCUCUUCAUCAAGACCCGGCCAAAUAUCCGUGGCAUCAGGCUGACCUAUCGCAAUCUCUCAGGCCCUGACCGUCGCCCGAUUAUUCUGAGCGUGCCUGCAUCCUACCCGGAGUACACUCUGCGUGGACUGCGACCCAACUGUACCUACUCGGUCUGUGCGAGUCCCCUCGGAGAAAGAAUGACCACGAGGUCCAACAGCUCUGUUGAGACGGGGUCAUGUACAGAAGCUCGGACUGCGGGGGUUCCACUGACAUCUUUAGAACCCCGAGUGGAGACCCAGAGCUCCCUCACAUAUACUCUAAUUCCUGCCAUAGCUGCUCUGGCAAUAGUGCUAGGGUUGGCAUUGGUGGCAGGUCUUAUAAUCUGCAUGAGAAAAAGAAGGCAGAAUAAAGCGAAAAUGGAGCUGGAGCUGGGUCCCGCCGAUCCAGACGAUUCAUUACGAGUUGAAGGCAUCAAAGCUUGUCCAGAAAAUGGGGAAAAGGGUCCUCUAUCCCACAAACAGAUUGAAUUAGACCACUCUCACACCUCACAGCCACCCGCAUCCUUACAACAAAAUGGCAACUUGGACUACGAGGUACCAUUGAUGCAAGGACAUUCCCCCUCAAAUAACAAUCGAUCGCACCUUAAGCCAUCGUAUUUCUGA